AUGGUAAAACGUGCCAAAUCGCCAGAUCUUGUCGAAGAUGCUCGUUAUCUCGUCGUGUGGCAGCCGUUCCCGCUUAACGCGAAUUGGCAACUGCCUGACCACUGCUUGGAGUUCUUGUACUGGGUUGCAUCGGUAUUAGGAAGUUAUGAUCACAUCCUUGCCAUCCACCACAAGCCCAGUGCCCGGUCGACUGUGAUAGUCGAGAUCGAGAAGCAAGCAAAGCACAAUGGACUACUGGGCGAACACAGAUGGGCUGAAGUGCUGAAGAGACCUUCCAAAGAGGACAGAGAACGCGUUUCCCGGGUGUACUACUGCAUUUACCGCACCACCCGAGAAGCACAGAAAGACGGCUGGAAAAGAAUCAACGUCGAAGCAGAGUGGUUCAUCAAAUGGGACCCGGAAGAGGGGCGGUACAAGAACCCGUAUCCUGCCUCGCAUUACUGCGACCCUUUGCCAGAGGACCCGACAAACAAAAGCAUUGCUCGCCCACUUCCCGCGAAGGCCAAACCCAAACCAGUCGAACCGCCCCCUCCCGUCCCAGGAUCAAGCCAAUGGUUUGAAGCGAAGAAAAGCCCACCUCAGCCAUCUUCCCAGCAACUCCGCAGCGAUGGGCCAAGCCGAGGAACUCAUAACGGCAACGUCCCCACAAGAGGUCGUCCCCCCAUUCUUCAGGCCUCUCGCUCAGGUCCAGCUAACGAGUCCCGAAGACCCGCUGGUAAUCCCUGGAACAGUUCCGAUGCAUUUGGGCCUCCACUCGUAGCCACGAGUUCAGCUCCUCGCACUCCUGCGAAUUCCUCUGUAUGGGGAGCACCCAACCCCGCCAUCAAAGCACCAGCCCGUAUCGCAGCGACCGCUUCCUUGCCAGCUUCCCAGCGAAGUCGCGGAACUUCCGGCCCCCCUGGAUUAACUCGACCGGUACCUCCUCGCCACACGACAAACCAAGCCUCCUCCAAGAAUGGGUCGGCUACCGAAGUUCAACGCUCAUCUAGUGCGAUGUCAGCAUCCACCAGAAAUGCACCCUCUACAAACGGUAAAUUCUCCUGGGCAGACGAUAUCCCAGAUGGACUAUUCGACGAAGACGGUAGCGAUGACAAUGACUCUCUUCCAAAGGUAGCAGAAGCGCCUUCUGACAGCGAAGAAGAGUCAUCGGACGACAAGGAGCCUGUAUUCCGCCCCUUGGAAGAUGAUUCUGACGAAGACGACCAAUUGGACGACUUUUAUCUCUCCCCUGAAGACAUCCGAGCAGCAAUCACUGCGACUGCGAAUGCAGGCACUACCCCUCAAGGCUCUUCACCCGGAGGGUCCAGUGGAGCUUCCGGAGUCGAUACACCAGCCAAGGCUGGUGGUAAAGAUGGAGCUGACGAACCAGUCAACCUCUGGGCAGGUUAUGUCCCUCCUGCAUUCGCCCCAGCACUGGACGACGGGAUCCCGAUCUGCUCAUAUCACGGAAAGCUUUGCAAGAGGGGUAUCUGCGACGAACGAAAGCGUCUCGAAAGGGAAGCUGAGAAGAAGAAAAAGGAGCAGGAAAAGGCGGAAAGGGAGAAGGAGAAGAGGCGGCUGAAGUUGCAAGCGAAGAAGGAUCGACAGAAAGCCGAGAGAGAGGCGACUGCUACAGCAGGUGGAGAAUCUCCUCAAGACAGUGACUCGGGCGGCGAUUGGGGCGGAAAUGCACCUAAAUCUGAGCAGCGCGGACGAGGUCGGUACCGUGGAGGACGAGGAUAUCGAGGUAGAGGGAAGCAAAAGGGAACUGGUUCUACUGCAACCAAUAGCACUACUAUCUGA